UUGAAAUCGAACACCGUAACGUCACCGACACGCAAUCAACGUAAGCGAGUUAAGCCUUCGCCAUUGGAGGGUUUGAGAGAUGUGCGGCACAAUUUAAUUAAUAUUCAUGAGCGUAGCCUUCGUCGUAGUAGGAUUCUGGGCGGGGUUUUCUCCAGCUUGCACACCUGGACAGGAGAUCUCUUUCACUUUCCUCGGGAACGCAUUCAGGCAGAAUAAUGGCCACUGCGGCUGAGUACGGACACAACUCCUGGGAACUCAGCAUCCAGGUGGACCAGCGCGAGGGAGAUGAGGGCAUGAAGUUUAAAUUGCGGGUCAAGGGGGAUCUCCACGUCGGGGGUCUCAUGCUCAAACUUGUGGAGAAGAUCAAGGCUCCUCAGGACUGGUCCGAUCAUGCCAUCUGGUGGGAGCAGAAGAGCUGCUGGCUGCUGAAGACUCACUGGACUCUGGAUAAGUAUGGAGUCCAGGCGAACGCUGACCUGCGCUACACUCCACAACACAAACCCCUCUGUAUCCAGCUGCCCAACAUGAAGACCAUCAGGCUCCCUGUUAGCUUCUCUGGUGUGGUCUUCAGAGCCGUGGUUGAAAUCUGCAAAGCACUCAACAUUAGAAGAUCUGAAGAACUUUCUCUUCUGAAACCACUAGAUGAUCCAAAGAAGAAAAAGAAAAAAGAAAAGGCCACAGAAUCAGCCAUUGAUGAUAUAUUAAACAUGGACAUCGCCAGCGGAAUGGCAGGAGGAGCCCUUGGUCUGUACAGUAAAACUAUGACUCCAACCUAUGACCCGGAGAGCGGCUCUCCUGCAUCGUCCACCAGUCUGUGGUUCGGAGACAGUCCCCUGACGGCCAGCCAGCCCAACCUUCCACCAGAGGAACUGGCCAAACUGUACAAGCCUCUUACUAUGGAGGAUAAAGCAGCCAUUAAUGCUGGGUGGCUGGAUUCCUCUCGCUCACUGAUGGAACAAGGAAUUCAGGAAAACGACAGACUCCUGCUGCGAUUCAAGUACCACUGCUUCUUUGACCUCAACCCAAAGUAUGAUGCUGUGAGAAUCACACAGUUGUAUGAACAGGCCCGAUGGGCCAUACUGCUGGAGGAGAUCGACUGCACUGAAGAAGAGAUGAUCAUGUUUGCAUCCCUGCAGUAUCACAUUUGUAAACUGACCUUGUCAACGGAGCCGCUGACCAAUUCAGAUGAACCAGAGAUUGAUGAAGUCGAGGCUGCGCUCUCAAACUUAGAAUCCACCCUGGAAGGACGGAACGCUGAUAAAAUCCUGGAAGAUAUCACUGAUAUUCCAAAGCUGGAAGAUACACUUAAACUGUUUAGGCCCAAACGAUUGACGUUAAAGCCAUAUAAGGAGUACUGGUUUGUUUUUAGGGACACCACCAUAUCUUAUUUCAAAAACAAAGAGUCUGCCAAUAAAGAGCCCAUUGAGCAACUCCAUCUACGAGGAUGUGAGGUCAUUCCUGAUGUCAACGUCACUGAGAGGAAGUUCGGCCUUAAGCUGUUAUUGCCAGCAGCUGACGGAAUGAACGAGGUUUAUAUUCGCUUUGACAAUGAGACGCAGUACGCCAAGUGGAAAGCUGCCUGUAUUUUGGCCUCUAAAGGAAAGACGAUGGCCUACAGCUCGUACCGCACCGAGGUGAAGAACAUCCAGUCUUUCCUGCAGAUGAAGAGUCUAGCGCCCCCUCCUGGCCAGGCAGCACCUGACGUAGAGUCCAUGGAGAUGAAUGCCGAGUGCUUCGUUUCUCCCCGAUAUGCAAAGAAAUACAAGACCAAACAGCUGACCACACGAAUCUUGGAGGCCCUUCACAAUAUUUCCCACCUUUCCCUCAUGGAGGCUAAAAUGCGUUUUAUCCAAGCUUGGCAGUCCCUGCCCGAAUUUGGCAUCAAGUACUAUAUCGUGAGAUUCAGAGGUAGCAAGAAAGAUGAGCUCCUGGGAAUUUCCUCCAACAAGCUGAUCCGCAUCGACAUGUCGACUGGUUUGCCGGUGACCACCUGGAGGUUCUCCAACAUGAAACAAUGGAACGUCAACUGGGAGAUUAAACAGGUAGCCAUUGAGUUUGACCAGAGCAUGUCUAUUGCGUUCUCCUGCCAGAGCUGCGACUGCAAAGUGGUUCACGAGUAUAUCGGAGGAUACAUUUUCCUUUCAACGCGCUCAAAAGACCAGAAUGAAACAUUAGAUGAAGAACUCUUCCACAAACUCACAGGAGGACAAGACUGACCUUAAAUCAACACGUCAGGACUCUGACAUGGCCCUUAGUGUUGCAGAAAAGCAAUUUGUAUAGUUUUUUAAAUCUGCAAAUAUAAAAGUUGUUUUAUAUUUGUAUUAAGACACACACAAGCCUUGUGCUCAAAACAGAAAAGAAAUCAGAUUAUUCAAUCCAUAUUUUGGAUCUGAUACAAUACAUUUGCUGACUCUUGACAUCUCUAUGAGUUGUUUUUGCAUCUGAACAAUAUACAAAAUUUACAGUGCACAUUUCCAUACAAGAAUUUGUGUGAUAGAUAUGGGAUACAGUAAGGUUACGGUGGGGUUUGAAUUUGAAUUGUAGGUUUCUUUGAAGUUGUGUACUAACGAAGUGCUUUCUACAUUUUUUGAAUGUUUGAAUGUUAAAUGAGUUUACAUUAAAUGCAUCACCAAAAUAUCCAGGUGCUUUUGGCUUGUUUUCUGGAAAAUAAAUAAAUAAAUUUGCAAUUUAAUUGUUACUUUUAAAUUUAAGUUAACAUUUUGUUAAAUGUAAUUUUGUUUUCUUUAUGUUGACUGGAAAAUCUUAAAAUAGUCUAAAUAAAUCUUCAAUUCCAUUA